AUGCCGCAUAUCAAGGAUUUGAACGCCCAUGAGCGUCCCCCAGAGGGCAUCAAGCAGCGUUAUAAGCAAUACCAGAAGUCCACGCUUACGGAGAUAGAGUCUGACGACAAUAUCAUCGAUCUGCAGUCCUUGGACCCUCAAAAUCUCCCAGAGGAAAUCUCCUUAACGCAAUGGAUUUCCAGCGCAGAUUUUGAGCCUGUAUUUGACCAAUUCCUCGGCACGAACCAGGAUCUGCGGGGUGCUCGGCCUGCUAGGGAUGUCCCUGUUUUCAGCCAUCGUGCUAUUUCCGGUCUGCAAGUGAUUCCCUCGUUGCUUCCACCCGCAGUUCAGGUCGAGUUGUUAUCUCGUCUGUUCCACCGGGAUUUGUCUAACCCCCGGCAUCAAACCAACCUUCAUCUGCACUAUGAUAUCACCUAUCCUAGUGCGGUGAACGAGGUUGAAGCGGUCUCGGCCGAUAUUAGUCCAGUAGGCGCUUAUCCUCCGUCUUUCUUUGGAGAUGAUCCAGCCCGUGCCAUAGAGCCUAAAGAUCCAAAUGUGCACAAACCACUUACUGUCCAGAGCAUACUGAACAGAAAGCUACGCUGGAUUACUCUAGGUGGCCAAUAUGAUUGGACCGCCAAGGUGUACCCGUCGGAGCGCCCUCCCGAAUUCCCCAGGGAUAUUGCAAAGCUCUUGCAUGCGAUGUUCCCUGCCACUGAAGCUCAGGCUGCUAUUCUCAAUGUCUACUCUGCUGGCGACCACCUCAGUCCCCAUCGCGACGUCAGUGAGGAUUGUGAUGUAGGCUUGAUCAGUGUCAGCUUUGGUUGCGAUGGCCUCUUUUUAAUCAGUCAUGACGAUGGCGAAAAUUGUGAGAUUAUUCGCCUUCGCUCCGGGGAUGCGGUGUACAUGGAUGGCACCUCACGUUUUGCCUGGCAUGCAGUACCGAAGAUUGUGCCGAACACCUGCCCUGAGUGGCUUGCUAAUUGGCCAUCAAGCCCGCAUGAUGGUGCAGCUACCCAGUAUGAUGCUUGGAGAGGGUGGAUGUCGGGCAAGAGAGUUAACCUCAACGUUCGACAAAUGGAAUCUGCGAAGCCUCAUGAUUGA